AUGAAAGACUUGGGGAUUCUUAAAUACUUUUUAGGAGUUAAAGUAGCGCGAUCCUCAGCUGGUAUAUUUCUUUGUCAACGCAAAUAUACUCUAGAUAUUAUAGCCGAAAUUGGGCUUAUGGGAGCUAAGCCAUCAAAUGUGCCAAUUGAACAGAAUCAUCGGUUGGCACUCACUACAAGUGGGUCGUUUCCUCAUCCAGAACAGUAUAGGCGAUUAGUAGGACGCCUUAUUUACUUGUGCUUUACUAGACCCGAGCUUUCAUAUUGUGUGCAUGUUCUCUCCCAAUUUAUGCAGGAACCUAAAGUAGAUCAUUGGGAGGCUACUCUCAGAGUAGUUCGAUACUUGAAAAGGGACCCAGGACAAGGUGUUUUACUACGAAGGGACUGUGAUAUGCAACUGUCUGGUUGGUGUGAUUCCGAUUGGGCCGGCUGUCCUUUAACUCGUAGAUCUCUCACUGGAUGA